ACCUCGUGAGGCAGCGGGAGAAGUGGGCAGCGCGCUUACCUCGGGUCAGUUGCCCAGCAUGGGAGGAACAUUACACAUUUUGCCUCAGCCGAGUUGCCUUCGCCGCCUAGAUUUCGAAUUUGACUUCUCUGCCCAGCGUGAUUGGGGGCGGUUUUGGGGUAUGCGUUUCCGUGUGGGGAGAUAUUUACCCGUUUCUUGGUGAAUGAUCAACCUUUUGUGUCUUUUCGACAGUGCUGUCUUGGGGCUCUCCGGGCGUGGCCAGAGUCUGGCUCCGCCCCCAUGACCGGGGAAGCUCCGCCCCUAACGUCUAGCAGUCAUAUACAGCGCGCGAGACGUUACUUGCUCAGUGGCCGCCCAGCAAUGGUCGUGUGGGACCUAUUGGUGCUCGUGUUCCGUAUUCUGUGCUUCAAGCCGGCCGUCAUCGUGAUCUGAGCAACCAUGGAGCUGAAGGGCCUCGACCCCACUGACGUUUACUGAGCGGCUCCGCCUUCGCCCCCAAUCACUAGUCUCUCGCCAGUCCUCACUCAUUUCUUGCUUGCUUGCUUGCUUGCCGGUGGUUCCUGCAGCGUAGUCUGCCGUGAUCACCGACACAUUACUCCCUGGAUCCCGCGCACGCGGCUACACGCUCCAUUUACCAUGAGUUUCGCUCUGGAUCCCCUGGAUCCCACGGGUAUAUACUGAUGGCUCCGGGCCGUCAGUCCCUCCACAGCCAUGGCGCCACGCUGGUCCACGUCGCUCCUACAGUUCCGUCUUGGACUGUCCUUGCUGUCCCUGUUGGCCGCCCCCUCCCUGGGGCGCCUCCCACACUUCCCGGAUGGCGAGGUGGUGGAUGAGAACAACCUGGUGGAGGGGGCGCCGCAGCCACUUAGCCUUUCCGACGCCGUCCGCCUGUUCGUCAGCCUGAGUCAGGAAGAGGAACCGGGCGCUCGAUCCGAGGGUCAAGAGGAACGAGAGGACCCGAGAUUGAUCGGCAUCACCGACGGAGGGCUCUACAGGGGAGAUCUUGUGGUCUAUCUCCCGGUGACUCUCCUUCUCCCUACGUUCGCCUUCCGGUCGCGCUACUCCUUGGCCGGAAGUAAGGAUUCCAGCUGGUCGAGUUACCUCUUCGGAAGGAGUUACGUGGGGGGUCGAGAGGAAGAGGAAGAAGAGAAGAAGGAGGAGGAGGAGGAGGAAGAUUGGCAGGAUGUCAGAGGACCUGUGGAUCGUGUCCUCUCUGGAGAAGUCAGAUACGAUCCUCAACUUCCGGAGUAUGAGGAUGGAGCCUACGGCCCCCUGCUCUCUCGCCUCGACGCCUACUUCCACUACUUGCGCGUCCAUGAUGACUCCUGCAGGAUGAAGGCUAUCUGCCACUUAGCGAAGGAUCCUGCGAAGUACAGCCCCCUCUCACACCUCGUUCUCUCGGCGCUGAAGAAGAGUGAGUCCUUCUCCAGGCCUUCCUCGUACAGCCAAGAAGUGUUCCGUUUCUUCCGCUACUACUGGGCGGCUGAAAGGGGCGUGGCCGGCGAGGACUGUAGACACGCCUACUACCAGUGUCCAGCUGACCUUGAGGACAUCGUCAACAUGAGCGUCCUCAGCUUCUGGCAGAAACUUGCAUCUCUUGUGUCUAUAAAGCUGAGCGACGAAUGAUGAUGCCUCCCCCCCCCCUUUUUUUUUUUUAAUUAUUGUUCUGAUGGAGUAUUUUAUAUAUUUUGGUGCUUUAAAUGCCUACUUGGUGCCACGUGGUUCCAAAAUUUUCUAUACUCUGGUGCCCGGAUUGUGCUGUACAACAUAACCGUAUGUUACCAGCCUGUUACUAGUGCCUCGAGAGGGCGGGUCGUGGUCGCCCUCCCGCCCAACAUGUUACCACUCAGUCACCAAUGCCUCGGGGGGACGGGCGAUCUUGCUUACCCCCGCCCCCUCCCCCCCACCUUCUGUAACGCUCAUGGAACUCUUAUUUUCCAAAGCCUCGACUGGAUGACUUGUCCCAUCUGCGUGACAAUGGGCCCAGGCGCCUCCUGACAAUAUCCGAGUCAUAUGUAAUGUUUACAAGGCCUGCGCCCCCCCCUCCCCCGGCCUUGAAGCCCGGGAGGACGCGCAGGCCCUCUUGCUCUACUCGCUAAGGAUCUCCCCGUCAAUAAGAGGUGUUGUAAGUGACGAGUUAAACCUGUGAUAUUGUAGUUUAUUUUGAUGUGUCUGACUUCCGCCCCACAGCGGCUCGGGCACUUUGCCCACCGACCUGCACUGUGCUGUUGACAACCGUAGUCACUCUGCUGACCUAUCCUUGACCUUCUGCCUGCUGCCUGCUGCUAUACGUGGGCAGGUUAAAAUCACUUAGCUCCCAGUCAUUAUAAUUUUUACCGAAACCAGACAGUAGACAUUUUCUUGCGAAAAAAGUAGUGAACUUGGACGACUGCGUCAAAUCAAUGACAAUCUCUACCAUCUUGCUGACAGUUUUAUGGACUCGCAGCUCGGAGAAUCUCCAUAAAUGCCUGCACCGUCCUUCGACCACUUCUCCUGCGUUAGGCCGACGCUAAAACUCAGCGGGACCGAAACUAAGGCCGUAGUUACGAGACUUUUCGGAGCCGACUAAAUCAAACGAAUAUUUGCAAAAAGUUCGAUCAGAUUUCUCAGACGUUGUAGCAUCCUGUGCAUCACCUUUGCAAAGGAAUAAGAACGCAAAAGGAACGUGGAUUUAUUCUGACUGUAGACUGGAGGGAAGUAUUGACUUAGUGACGCACGGAGAAAGCUCUGACUCAAGACACUAGGAGAAAGUGUGGACUCAGACGAGGAAAAUAGCUGUUAGUCGGAGAGAAAGUUGGCGAUAGUCGUGGAAUCGAGUCGUGUUGCUCACCACGACACUAAUUCUACGACCAGUCUCAUUUGCAUUGUGAGUUUUGCUUGCUGUCGAAAAUAAGAUUAAAGAUCAUGACUAUUUAUAAUCCGAUUUAAAAAUAGAAUCAUUUAAGAAAUGCCAAAAAAACAUUUGAAAUCGUACAUAUAAUGAAUAAUAAUUUUUUUCUACUAGAUUAGUUCGACCAAUACUACAAGUAUUUGAAGUUGAAUAUAAUGGAACACUGAGCGCUGUCUCUCGAAACCUGACCUGGAUCAUGAAUGGCUUGACCUUUUGAAGUGAAUGUUGCAGGCUCCCUUGGGAAGACGCAGCGUGUCGCUUGGCGGACUUUUGAAUCAAGUACAAAGACUAAAAAAGCAAAUUGUAUUUUUCGAGCUUCAUCUCUAUUUGCAAAGACUGAUGAUACAAUAUUUAAGCGUUUGGUUGUGGUAGAGGGCUCUCGAUUGACGGCAUUGCACGCGGAAAUUGAAAAAAAGCAAGAGACAGGAAAAAGUAAUCCGCUGAAGAGAGUGUCUUUUCAAGAACCCUGACAUUUGCUUCGGUGGGUUAUUAGACUGACAGAGAAGCGCCGCCAAGCAGUGAGAGACACGACAGAGAGCCAGACUGACGGAGACGGUGACAGACUGUAGACACUAGAUUAUGACAGCCGACCAAUGACUUUACGACGAAACUAGCACGUACUAUUUGACUAAUGACGGUACUAACGUGAAAUUAGCAAAUGGCUCUAACAAACUCCACUUGACCAUAGACAGACAGACAGACAGACAUCCUUGAGCUAGGCAGGUAGGAUGGACUGCAAAGUUGAAAGCGAUAGGUCACGCAAACAAACAAAAACAAACUUUCGACAAAUAGCAAUACACUUCACUAUGUUGAUAAAAACAGCAGAAGAAAACCCACUUCAACUUUUUCCCAUAAACUUUCAUUAUCCUAGUGUGGUGUUUUUUUCUGACAAAACUUUCGACGUGACUGACUGUUGGCAGAGAUGAAAAUUGUCAUUACUGAAGCAGUUUGUGCUCCAUAGUUACAGGUCGUUUGGUCCAGUACAAGUGAUGCAUAUCCUUAAGACCAGUCCAAUGACACUUGGUACAACACUAAUAUAUACGUCUGCAAGACUCAGUAUUUUCCUGUACACUUGGCUGUUACACGGAGUAAAAGUAUACGGUACUUGUUCACGGUACAAUGAAUAAGACUCUUAGUGUAUUCACCUGACCGUUGAUAAUCCAAGUACACCUAUUCUGAUUACUUACAGUAUGUGAUCAACCACAUAUAUCUUUCAUAUGGUUGUAAAUGGUCAUUAUCUGGUUGAAUCGUCUGGAAAUGGUCUGUUCUGAUUAGCACAACCAUGCUAAUCAGCGCAUUUGUAAACCAGUUCCCCUUUUUUGUUGUUGUUAUACUUCUUUUUUAUCAUUCUAAAACCCAAGUGAAUGUGUAUCUGCCGUCUCCAAGUAGUGACAGAAAGAGUGUAUUUAGUGAUAUUUAAAUGCAAAAUCUACCUUUCCUCAUUUCGAAAUACUGUGUGAUGCUUAUUAUAUGUACAAUGUGUUUAUUAUCACUCCUAUUGCUGAUUCACUAAUAAUACACAACUACCUAACAACAGGAGCUACUUGGGUUGUUACGAACUCCCGAGUAGUCUCACAUAUAUAUACACACACACAUAUAUAUAUUAUAUAUUUGCACGUAUGUAUAUUAUAAAGAGAUUAUACGUUUAUAGUUGUUCUUGUUCUUGCAAUAGACGUUCUUGUGCCAAGUCUAGGUCUGGUCUCCUUCCUGACUACGCGUGUGUCAAGUCCCCGUGUUUGUGUGUAAAUCAAAUAUAAUUGUUAUUUUGAACAAGAGAAGAUGCAUGAUAUUUUUGUAGCAGAUGAAGAUCAUGUAAUAAGUUUAUUAUAUGAAUAAAGAAAAAUGUGAAAUAUA